GCAUCACUGCAAAUUUAACCUUGGUUCCAUACUUGACUUCGCGGAUUGUGUCCUGUAUACUGUCUGGCAAUAGGGGCUUUGUACCUGCACGUGACUCUCAGGCUUCCUCUCUCUGGGCUCCGUCAGACCCACUACACAAAUGGCAGCCCCCCACGGAGUCCAGCUCGCAUGUGGCGGGGACAAGGUCUCCAACGACCUGCUUGACUCCAGCCCGACUGCCUCGAGCGCCUUACCCAGGAAGGUUGGAAGACCUCGAAUGCGCGCCGAUGCCACACAGCCGGAAGACGCGACAGAAAGACGUCGGAGGCAGGUCCGCCUCGCGCAACGGGCUUAUCGUUCGCGUCAUAUGGCCAAUAUGGAGGCUCUCAAGGCUCAUCUGGCGCAUCUCCAAGCGGGGAUUCAAGACAUAAGCCAUGCCGCCGUCGCCCUGAGCGACCAGAUGAUGCAGGCCGGGGUUCUAGCCGCCCACGCGGAAAUCACGAGCCCCCUGUGCGCCAUGCUCCACAAAUGCACGCGCUUAGCCAAGGAGGUAGAACCCGAGUGGAAUCCGCCAUUCCUCGCCGCCGCGCUGGCUCCCUCUUCUUACCUUCAAGCUUUCCCUCCCCACCUUGGUGGUCAACAUCGCCUCUACGGCCCGGGCCACCGGCCCGAUGUCCCCGCCCCCGACUGCAGGGAGGUGGGAAUGUCAAGCUUCACCCACCACCUUCGCCUGGCCUGUCUGCUCAACGAGUUGGCACUUCUCCGGAGUUCAGCUACAACGAUGGACGAUCUGAGACGGCCCUUUCGCUUGCUCCUCUCGCUCGUUCCCCGCGAAACCAUUAUUUCUAUCUUCGAGGCAUCACUGAGCGCUUGGCUGCACGGGCAAGAGCCAGAAAGGCCCCAAGAGCUUUCGGUCUUCCAGCAAGACACACUUGGGUCCCGUUACAAGCGGAGAUCAGCUCAGAGUCAGCUUCAGCAAUCCCAGCGGGGUGAUGGUGCAGCUAGAACUCCACCACACCACUCGCAGUUCCGAGCCUGCCAAACCGGGGGGGAACAAUGGUUGGAUGUGGAGCAAUUGGCGGAGUACCUACGCGAGAAGAAUGUUUCAUUGUGUCUAUCUUCACCAUCUGCACGGGAGCCUGGAUUGGCACCGUGUCUCACUAGUGUGCUUACCUUGAUUCGAGAGUUGGUGAACAAGGCCAUCUGUCUUGGCCAUAGCCCUGGAUUCGAGAGUCGGGAUGUUGAGGCCGCCUUACAGUUGUCUACGACUACUUUCGGUGCAGAUGAGUGA